AUGGCAUUUUGGUUGGCUGGUGUGAUUGCGCUCUUUGCCCUUGGGCUGGGGCCAUACUUGUCUGAUAUCCGUGGGUCUCAAUGCCGAUGUGGUCCAGAUGAUGCUUGCUGGCCCUCGCCCGCAGCCUGGCGUGCUCUCAAUGGCACCAUUGGUGGCCAGCUGAAGCAGUUACGCCCAGUCGGAGCUGUAUGUCAUGGCGCACAAUACUCCAACGGCUCUUGCACUGAGUUGAUUCAACACUUUCGCAAUACAUCAUGGCGCGUUGAUAAUCCUGCCGCGUUACAAGUACCUACCUGGGAACAUUCGCGCCCACAGAAGCAAAGUUGCCACGUGAGUGACCCGUUGGAGCCCGGUCAAUGCGACCAGGGCCGCGUAGCACACUAUUCGGCUUAUGUGCAGUCCGUGUCGGAAGUACAGGAGGUGGUGCAAUUUGCCGCUUCCAAUCGCCUGCGACUCGUUAUUCGCAACACUGGUCACGAUCUGGCAGGUCGGUCAUCGGGCCCCAACUCUCUACAGCUUCAUACUGCCGGGCUUAAAGGUAUCCAUCAUGUGGAAUCAUUCACUCCUCAAGCUCCAAGUGGUCGAUCGAUUCCGGCAGAGGGUCCGGCUGUGACAGUGGGGGCGGGGGUACUCACGGGUGAGCUCUACUCGGCGGCGGCAGAGGGCGGAUAUACAGUAGUGGGAGGAAGCUGUAGUACUGUUGGCAUUGCGGGUGGUUGGAUGCAGGGUGGCGGUUAUGGUAUUCUGACGCCGUCGCGAGGCCUGGGCGUCGACAAUGUGCUAGAGGUUGGCAUCGUCACAGCGCAGGGAAUCUAUGUCACUGCAAACCAGUACCAAAACCAGGAUCUCUUCUGGGCCGUUCGUGGAGGUGGUGGGGGUACGUUUGGUGUCAUCGUGCAUGUCACGUUCCGCACUUACCCUGAUGUUCCCGCCGUUGUAUCGAAGUUGAAUGUCUUCAGUCCCAGUGGGCCAGACUCUGCUUUCUGGGACACUGUCACCGAUCUGCUUCACACAAUCCCCGUCUUGGCUGAUCGCGGCGACGCCGUUCUGGCUUAUGCAAUGCCAGUCUUGCCUGGCAAUCAGUCAUUCCUCAUCAUUGAAUCCUAUGUCAUUCAUGAUACCAACGCAGUUGGUAGCGAUGUCGUCAACAAACUGCGUCAGCGCAUAGAGGACCGUGGAUUACUAGUGGAGUCUUCCGACGAGUCCUUCGAUCAAUUGUCCACAUACCUUGCGCUCCCUAAAGGCUUGGACCAGGCAGGCAUGGGAAUGAUGACUGCAUCCCGGUUGGUUUCGCGAGAUUUGAUGACAUCAACUCAAGGGCCGUCACGGAUUAGCAAGACUCUCGCUCAGCUCAAUUAUGGACCUGGGGAUGUGGUCAGUUUUGAAGGCAUGGUUGGCGGGCCCGCAGUUCAGCGCAAAGACGCAGAAGACAGUGCAAUCCAUCCAUCCUGGCGAUCUGCAAUCAUGUCUUUGACUCUGGGUCGCGGCCUGCCUUCCGAGCCAGAUUGGGACGCCUAUGACCGCAUCCAGGGCGAGCUGGCUAUGACGCAGCUGCCGGUACUUCAGUCCCUUGAGGAUGGGGCAAUGGGGGGGUACUUGGGCAUACCGUUCCCGUAUGAAAGUGAUCCUUCUCAGGUGUUUUGGGGGUCCCACUAUCAUCGGCUUCAGGGGCUCAAGGGGCGCUGGGACCCUGACGACCUAUUCAUAACUCGAUUGGGCGUGAACUCGGAACGGUGGGAUGAAGAAGGCAUGUGUCGACUCGAUUGGAAGCAGGAUUACUUGAGGCAGUAUUCUAGCGUUCUAGACCGCGUGAAAGCAUGGGCAACGCAAAUGGUAACUAUGAUCUAG